AUGGAUAUCCACCGCUGCCGUUUCGUUUCUUACAACCCACAGGCGAUCAAUGCACUUGCAUUCUCGCACCCCCCGUCAGCAGAUCUAGCUGGACGUGGCGUACCCACCCUCCGACUCGCGAUCGGUCGUGCGAACGGUGAUAUUGAAAUAUGGAAUCCGAUGCGCGGCGCCUGGUUCCAGGAGACCGUGAUGCGUGGAGGCAAGGAUAGAAGCAUUGAAGGACUUGCGUGGACACUGGAUCCCCAGGAGGAUGGGCCUGAUGGCACCAAACUACCAGGAAAGCUGCGUCUGUUUAGCAUUGGAUAUUCCACGGCCGUCACCGAGUGGGAUCUUGAGAAUGGCCGCCCGCUGCGCCACUCAAGUGGAAACUACGGAGAGAUUUGGUGUCUUGCUGCGCAGCCUCGCUGGCAGGCGACUAAGGGCAAAGACGGGAAGGUGGUUUCUCCCGCCGAGGGCGAGUACACGGGUCAGCACCUCGCCGCAGGAUGUGCGGAUGGGUCAAUUGUCAUCUUGUCUACUGCCGAUAACGACCUCAAGUUCUUGCGCCUGAUGCGUCCUUCAACAAAAAGAGCGCGCGUCCUGAGCGUUACCUUCCAAAACCGCAAUACCAUUGUCGCGGGUUAUGCUGAUAGUUCUAUCCGUCUCUUUGACAUUCGCACGGGUAAGAUGCUGCGGACAAUCUCCCUGGGCAAAGGCCCCACGGGUGGCCCGAAGGAAUUGUUGGUUUGGUCGGUCAAAUGUCUGCCGGAUGGCACGAUCGUGUCCGGUGACUCGGCUGGUGAAAUUCGGUUCUGGGAUGCAAAGAACUAUUCUCUCUUCCAACGGAUACAGGGCCAUCUUGCCGAUACGCUUGAUAUCGCAGUGAGUGCCAAUGGAGACACUGUUGUCAGUGGCGGUGCCGACCAGCGAACGGUCGUCUACCGCAAGAAGGAGGGCGAGAAGGGCGAUAAGAAAGGUCGCUGGGCUGAGAUUAUGCACCGUCGCUACCACACCCAUGACGUCAAGGCAUUUGCUGUCUAUGAAACAAAGGAUAUCAGUAUCGCUGUGUCUGGAGGUCCCGAUGCAACACCAAUCAUUCUCCCUCUUCGUGAAUUCGGAAAGGAACACCACCGCAAGCUUUCGAGUCUCCCGCAAAUUCCUCAGCUCACCUCCGCGCCGUCAGCUCGUUUGAUUAUGAGUUUCUGGGAUAGAGAAGUGAGCUUGUGGCGUGUGUCUCGAGGCCCUACGUCCUUGCAUGAGAACAUUGAUGGUCAACGGCAUAGGCUCGUUGGUAAGGUUCUGAUACAGGGCGAGGAAAACAUCUCCUCGGCGAUGCUGUCCUCGGAUGGCAAGACGCUCGCUGUUGCAACCAUUGCCGAGGUUAAACUGUUUUCCCUCCGUCGGAGAAAGGGCGACGAGAAGGGUGCUCUGCGCAUCCAGAAGAUCGAUGUACCCAAGGUACUUUCCGAUGAAGGUGCUCGCCUUGUGACCAUUUCCCCCGACGGCCGAUGGCUUUCAAUCGUUCGCCCCAACAGCGACAUCUACAUGGCACGGAUCCAGCAAACCUCCGCAUCUAAUGAGAAGCCCCAGGUGAUGCCACAGUUCGCAAAGCUCAAGAGAGCUGCACGUCAUGUACGACACGAAAAGGCAUCCCACGGAACAUUGGGCGAUUACGAGAGAACGAUACGAUCUGUGGUGUUUUCAGACGACAGCAAGGUUCUGGCGAGUGGUGAUAUCUCUGGUUGUGUCGAUACCUGGGUACUAGGCACAGCGACCGCACCCACGAACGGUACCGUCAAACGUAGCGGGGCUUCGGAGUCGGACGAUGAUUCAUCUGAUGAUGAAGACGACGACGACGUUGUGAUUGAGGGCGAGCGCUGGACUACCGCUGCCACUGAAUCACCAAUCCCUCGCAUGAAUUCCAGCAUAACUUUGUUGUCCUUCCGUCCUAAGUCCGCCCCCACACAAAAGCUUCUCGCCAAUGGCACGCAUCAGUCUGGCGAAGAUCGGCUGAUGGUCCUCACAAGUGAGCACCAGCUCAUCGAAUUUGAUGCUCGGGAUGGCAAAUUGUCCGACUGGUCUAGACGCAAUCCCAAGGCAUACCUCCCCGCAGAGUUCCGAGGCGUUAAGGACCGAGCUAUGGGCUGCAUGUGGGAUCUCUUUGAGGGCCGUGAGCGCCUCUGGCUCUAUGGAGCAUCAUGGCUGUGGAUGUUUGAUCUGCUCCAAGACUUCCCCUCCCCCGACGAGGCUGCUAAGACCGAAGAGGGCAAGACCGCAGGUCAGCUUGUCAAGGCGUCGAAGCGCAAGCGCGAAGCCCUCGACGAUGACGAGGAAGAGCGGAGGAAACACAACACCGGUGCCGGUGAUCGUAUUCCUCAGACACAGAUGGAUGUCCACUUUGGCACCAAGGUCCGCAAGAUCGUCGGCAGCGAUGAAUCGCAGGGAGAAUGGAUCACCCUGGACAAGGAACGUCCCCGCGUGCCAGGCGAAGAUGAUGAGGCCUACGAGUACGACGAGACCUUUGCAGCCACCAAUGAGACAACCCUCGCCAGUUUAAGACGUGGAGAUGGGACUGCGAUCGAAACCGGAACUCCACAAAAGGGAUCACAGAAGCACACUGGCGAGACCAAGAAGCAGCUGGUAGAGGCCAAUGGUGCCUCAGCUCAGCCUGCACGUCGGUGGUGGCACACCUAUAAGUACCGUGAUAUCCUCGGCAUCGUACCUCUCAACACCUUGUCGGAUGACGAUUCCGACGACCAGAGACCGAGUGGAACUUUGGAAGUCGCAGUGGUAGAGCGACCUAUGUGGGACGUUGAACUGCCUGGCCGCUACGUCAAGGACUACGAGUGA